AUGACAUCUUCUACCAGCAAGGCAAUGGAGAUGAAAGAAGCCUCUGCUCUACAGAAGCGACGGGGAGGUUCUGCCAGGGCUGCACGAGGCUUGCUCUACCUUGUCACAGCUAUCCAGGGACUUUGCAACCAACUCCUCCCUUCCUCGUUCAAGGUCCUCGAGUCGAACCUUGGACUCACUCCAGCAUCGCUAGGAAUGAUUGCGAUGGCUCAGGCGUUCUUUCAGUCCAUUGCUGGCCCUGUCUGGGCAUCGUUGGUAGACCGAGGGAUGUCAAGGAAGUUUGUGCUCGUGGCAGGAUGCAUGGGUUGGGGUCUCAUUGCCAUCCUGUUGGGGUGCAUCGGACAACUUCACAUCAUCCUCCUGCUCCGAUGCCUCAACGGAGUAGCCCUUGCGUCCUUGGGACCAGUAGCGCAGUCUCUCGUGGCAGACAUCACGGAGCCUGAGCAGGUCGGCCUUGUGUUCGGUCUGCUCCAGUUCAGCAUGGCUCUAGGGCAGGGGAUCUGUGCGACAGUGCUGACGAGCUUCUCCGAGGAGAGGCUCUCGUUGGGCAGCAUCCACCUCCAUGGGUGGCAGGCGUCCUUCAUCGGGGUUGGGGGCCUUUCGAUCCUCGUGGCUGUCGCCGUUGUUUUCUUCAUGGCAGAAUUCCGAAACGAGGAGCAAGAGAAUGAGAGCUCGACGUCGGCACAAGGGGCCAUCUCAGAGAUUCGGAAGGAGUUCACGCUCCUGUUCUCAUACUUCACAAUCCCUUCGUUCCUUGUGAUCCUUGUACAGGGAAUGUUUGGAUGCAUUCCAUGGACUGCAAUGUCCUUCCUGACCAUGUGGUUCCAAUACAUCGGAAUGUCCAAUGCCGCGUCCGGAGUUCUCAUCACCAUGCAGAUCUUUGCCAGCGGAGUAGGAGGAAUAGUCGGAGGGAUCGUUGGAGACGUACUUGCCAGGUCUUGGUCGCCAUUCCGCGGUCGUCCACUUGCUGCUCAAGUCUCGAUCCUUAGCGGACUCGUUCUCAUCUCUUGGAUCUUCAUCAAGGUUCCCAAGACCCCGGACUCGUUCUCGGCCUACGCCUGGCUCAACAUUCUGUUUGGUCUCACGGCGACAUGGGCGGGAGUUGCUUGCAACCAGGUUGUGCUCUUGGAGGUAGUCACUCCCAACAACAGGGCCAGAAUUUCAGCUCUGCUCAACUGCUUGAACGGUGCUGUUGCUGCGGUGCUCGGAGGACCAGUCGUCGGCUUCCUAGCGGAGAUGUACGGUUACAGAUCUCCUGCCAAGGGAACCUCCAUCUCCGACCUCAGCAAGGCUGAGCGAGUGAGCAACCUGGAUGCUCUCACCACAGCGCUUCUCCAAGCUUCCGUCCCCCCCUGGAUCCUCACCCUUGCAUGUUUUUCUUUCCUGUACUGGACAUAUGAGAAGGAUGUCGACAAGACGCGCAAGGAGAAAGCUGCUUCUACUCUUUAG